AUUUUGAAUCUGUGGAUCAUUUUAACCCAAAGGUUAAUAUCAGAGAAGCAGAGCAAAAUUGAAAAGUCCACAAAUGGGACAGUGGGGAGAAGCUUCUCACAGCAGCCUUGAGCCUCCUUGACUGAUAAAUAGCUCGUCAUAAGUCACUUCCCUCUCUCUUAAUAAAGUAUCCAUUUUCGAAGUCUGACAAAAACAUUUUCCUCGAACGGCGACCGGCGGGGCCGCGUUGUGUCAUCGUCAAAACUUGAAUGCAGACUGCAUUCAAAGACUCGGAGGAAGGAAGGGAGUUGGGGGGUCUUCGUCCAUUCAUCGUUUUCUUCGCUCAUUCAACCUUUUUCUCAAAUGCAUUGUUGUUUCUCCCGGCACAUACUUUUCUCAGGGUGGCCGUUCGAUGACGCAGAUUGUUUAUAAGAUCGUGUUGUCGAGAGGAGUUGUUGGUGUUUCGGGGUUUUUUGGGUUAUGGGUUCGAGUCCAGUUGUGGGCAGCGGUGGUAGCAGCAGCAGCAACGGGAACAGUUGCUGCGACUUGAGUCUCAAGUGCUGGUGUAGGUGGAGAUGGGGUCGCUGUUUCCUGUCUCCGACUUUUCUCUUCCUUGUUGCUUCUAUUGUUGUUUUUGGGUUCAUCGCUACUCUUUAUGCUUGGCUCACUUUCCCCCCGUAUGAACGACCGGUUCUUUCUUCUUCUGGUUGUCGAGAAGACCCUGAGGGUUCAUGGUCGAUCGGUGUUUUCUAUGGGGACGGUCCGUUCUCUUUGAAACCCAUAGAAUCUAAUGUGUGGAGGGAUGAGAGCGCAGCAUGGCCUGUCGCAAACCCAGUUGUUACUUGUGCCUCCGCUUCAGAUGCGGGAUUUCCUAGCAACUUUGUUGCUGAUCCUUUCCUCUAUGUUCAGGGUGAUACACUUUAUUUGUUUUACGAAACCAAGAACCCAAUAACUUUGCAAGGAGAUAUUGGAGUUGCAAAAAGUACCGACAAGGGUGCAACAUGGCAGCACUUGGGUGUUGCCUUAGAUGAGGAUUGGCAUCUCUCAUAUCCAUAUGUUUUCAAUUAUCUUGGCCAAAUAUACAUGAUGCCUGAGAGCAGUCAGAAGGGUGAACUCCGCCUAUAUCGUGCACUUAACUUCCCCUUACAAUGGACACUGCACAAGGUUAUCCUGAAGAAACCCCUUGUGGAUUCCUUUAUCAUAAACUAUAAUGGAAAUUACUGGCUCUUUGGUUCAGAUCACAGUGGUUUUGGAACCAAGAAGAAUGGUGAAUUAGAAAUCUGGUAUAGUACCUCACCUCUUGGUCCUUGGAAACCACACAAGCAGAACCCUAUUUAUAACACUGAUAAGAGCCUGGGAGCUCGGAAUGGAGGCAGGCCAUUUAUAUACAAUGGAAAUCUCUACCGUAUGGGUCAAGACUGUGGGGAAACUUACGGGCGACGAGUCCGUGCCUUCAAGGUGGAAGUUCUAACGAAAGAUGAAUACAAGGAAGUUGAGGUCCCACUAGGGAUGGAAGAGCCACAGAAGGGCCGAAAUGCUUGGAACGGUGCUCGUUACCACCACCUAGAUGCGCAACAGCUAAGCUCUGGCGAGUGGAUUGGAGUUAUGGAUGGAGAUCGAGUUCCUUCAGGGGAUUCUGUUCACAGGUUUAUCCUAGGCUCUGCUUCAUUUGCAGCUGUGGCUGCAUUGGUUGUUCUUGUGGGAGUAUUGCUAGGUGCUGUUAAAUGCAUUAUCCCACUUAGCUGGUGCCCUGACAGCUCUGUUAAGAGAAGUGAUUCCUUUUCAGCCUGGGAGCACUCGCAUUUGUUCUCAUCAAAGCUGAGGCGGUUUUGUACUCGUUUGAAUCGUGCAAGUUCUUUUGUUAGAGGCCGAAUGAAGCUCAACAGUUGUGCUGGAAAAUCAGUUCUGACAUUAAUAUUUGUAAUAGGAGUGGUACUGAUGUGCACAGGGGUUAAAUAUAUAUAUGGUGGUAGUGGUGCAGAAGAACCUUAUCCUUGGAAGGGCCACUAUUCACAAUUCACAUUACUAACAAUGACUUACGAAGCUCGUUUGUGGAAUCUGAAAAUGUAUGUCAAACACUACUCAAGGUGUUCAUCAGUGAAGGAAAUUGUUGUUGUGUGGAACAAGGGCCAGCCCCCUGAAUUGAGUGACUUGGACUCUGUGGUUCCUGUUAGGAUCAGAAUGGAAAAGCAGAACUCACUUAACAAUCGCUUCAAGGUGGAUCCACUAAUAAAGACCAAGGCUGUUCUUGAGCUUGACGAUGACAUCAUGAUGACAUGUGAUGAUGUUGAACGAGGGUUUAGGGUAUGGCGGGAGCACCCAGAUAGGAUUGUUGGUUUCUACCCUCGACUCAUCGAUGGGAACCCAUUGAAAUACAGGGAUGAGAAAUAUGCCCGAACUCACAAGGGGUACAACAUGAUAUUGACAGGAGCUGCUUUCGUUGACAGUAAAGUAGCAUUUGAGAGGUAUUGGAGUGAGGAAGCCAAAGCAGGAAGGGAGGUGGUGGACAAGUACUUCAACUGUGAGGAUGUGCUUCUGAAUUUCUUGUAUGCAAAUGCUAGUUCAUCAAGGACAGUUGAGUAUGUGAAGCCUGCAUGGGCCAUUGAUACAUCGAAGUUUUCUGGUGCAGCAAUCAGCCGGAACACACAGGUGCAUUACCGGAUAAGAAGUGAUUGCCUUCUCAAGUUCUCAAAGAUGUAUGGCAAUCUAGCUAAUAGGAAAUGGGAAUUUGAUGGUCGGCAGGAUGGUUGGGAUGUAUAGGCAGAAGGAUUCUAACAACAGGUCACUUAACCACCUCUCUUUUUUAUUCUUUCUUCUCCUUUUCUCUUUUCUUAUAUUUUUUCUAUAUUUUUUUUCUUGUAAACUCUAUCUUUUUUCUUUUAUUUUUUGGGUUUGUUUUGGGGGCAUCGGUAGCUUUAGUUAGUCAAUGUACAUGUUUGAAUCAUGUCUUCUUUACUUCUUUUUGGGUGGGGGAUGGUGAAAUCAGAAAUGUGAAUUUGGUUAAGAAGGAUUUGUUUUGUUGGAUGUUGGCACUCUAGAGGCAGAAAGAAAAAUCACAGUUUUAAUUAUCUGUUUUC